CUCUUGUCUCUCCCUCCUCCUCCCACUCCUCCUCCUGCUCCUCCUCCCGGGGUGGAUGGCGGCGGCCAGAGUUGGAACCCCAGCCGCGCUGCCCGUGAAGGUCACAGGUGGAGUCAGGCCCAAGGUGUGGGGAGGCCCUGAGCAGACACGCUGGCACCUGUUCCACAGAUCUUCCAAGUGGUUGUGUUUCUGCAAAACCAGGAAAAGUGAAGGAGUUGUUUCCAUCUGGUACCAAAGAGACGUCUUAUCUGAUUCAUAGACAAGACCACAAUCUGAUCCCAAAGAUGUGCUCCACGAACCCAGGGAACUGGGUCACAUUUGAUGAUGACCCCACUUUUCAGUCCUCUCAAAAGUCAAAGAAUUUCCCUUUGGAGAACCAAGGCAUCUGUAGGCCAAAUGGACUUAAACUGAAUCUUUCUGGUCCUAAGGAAUUUCCCAGUGGAUCUUCCUCCACCAGCAGUACCCCCCUCUCCUCUCCCAUCAUAGACUUUUACUUCAGUCCAGGACCUCCAAGUAACUCUCCUCUUUCUACACCUACCAAAGACUUCCCAGGUAUUCCUGGCAUCCCCAAAGCAGGGACUCAUGUGCUUUAUCCUAUUCCAGAAUCAUCUUCAAACAGUCCACUUAUCCCAGGAGCAGAUUCUUCCUUAUUGCCUACUAAACCAACCUGUUUAACCCAUGCUUCCUUACCCAAUGACCACUCGUGUAUACAUGCAGCUCCCAAAGUGGGCCUUUCAGAUGAAACGAGCCCUCGCCAGGCUGAAAGCCCAGGGUUCCAGAGUGAUACUCCCCAGUUUCAGUAUUUUCGGGAGGACUGUGCCUUUUCAAGUCCAUUUUGGAAAGAAAAAGGCAGUGCUUCCCAGCCCACCUUUGAUCCUUCAGGAAGCAGAAAGACAUUUCCAGCAAGAGACAAAGAGAUACCCAUUGAUCAAAAAGGCUUAAAUCAGGGUUCACUCAACUACAUCUGUGAGAAACUUGAGCAUCUCCAGUCCGCUGAGAACCAAGACUCAUUUGGAAAUUUGUCUAUGCGGUGUCUGUAUGCUGAAGAUGCUGCCUCUUCCUUUGUCCCCCACAUGCUCUUCAGGAGUCAGCCAAAAGCUGGAUGGUCUUUCAUGCUGAGGAUUCCUGAGAAGAAGAACAUGAUGUCUUCUCGCCAGUGGGGGCCAAUUUUUCUAAAAGUCUUACCUGGAGGAAUUUUGCAGAUGUAUUAUGAGAAGGGAUUAGAAAAACCAUUUAAAGAGUUACAGCUCGAUCCAUACUGCAGACUUUCUGAUCCCAAACUUGAGAACUUUAGUGUGGCAGGAAAAAUCCAUACUGUGAAGAUCGAACAUGUGUCUUACACAGAAAAAAGGAAAUACCAUUCUAAGACAGAAGUAGUUCAUGAACCAGACAUAGAACAGAUGCUGAAGUUGGGGUCCACAGAGUACCACGACUUCCUUGACUUUCUGACCACUGUGGAGGAGGAGCUGAUGAAGCUGCCAGCUAUUUCAAAACCAAAGAAGAACUAUGAAGAACAAGAAAUUUCCCUGGAAAUUGUGGACAACUUUUGGGGUAAAAUCACUAAAGAAGAAGGAAAACUGGUUGAUAGUGCUGUGAUAACUCAAAUCUUUUGCCUCUGCUUUGUGAAUGGGAACACAGAGUGCUUUUUAACCUUGAACGACCUUGAGCUGCAGAAGCGUAAUGAACACUAUUUUGAAAAAGACCCAGAAAAGAAGAGGAUUGAUAUUCUUGACUACCAUUUUCAUAAGUGUGUAAAAGCACAGGAAUUUGAGCAAUCCAGAAUUAUUAAGUUUGUGCCUCUGGAUGCCUGCCGGUUUGAGCUGAUGCGUUUCAAGACUCUGUAUAAUGAGGAAGAUCUUCCCUUUUCACUCAAGUCUGUCGUGGUUGUCCAGGGGGCAUACGUGGAGCUUCAGGCCUUUGUUCACAUGGCCCCAUUGGUCCAGAGACCAUCCCAUGCCAGUUCCUUGAGGUACUGUGACAACAUCAUGAUACACUUUCCAGUCCCUUCACAGUGGAUCAAGGCCCUCUGGACCAUGAACCUCCAGAGGCAGAAGUCCCUGAAAGCCAAAAUGAACCGCCGGGCAUGUCUGGGGAGUUUACAUGAACCUGAAUCUGAACCUGUCAUACAAGUCACUGUGGGGUCAGCAAAAUAUGAGAGUGCCUACCGGGCUGUGGUAUGGAAGAUAGACCGGCUUCCCGAUAAAAAUUCAAGUCCUGAUCAUCCCCAUUGUUUGUCAUACAAACUAGAACUUGGAUCAGACCAAGAAAUUCCCUCUGAUUGGUAUCCAUUUGCUACCGUUCAGUUUGGGAUUCUUGACACCUGUGCCUCAAGGACAGAGGUCAGGUCUCUGGGGGUGGAGAGUGAUGUCCAGCCACAGAAACAUAUUCACCAGCGAGCUUGCUACAACAUCCAGGUUGAAAUAGAAAAGAAGUGGAUUAAAAUCGAUGGAGAAGACCCAGAUAAAGCUGGAGACUGUGUAACUCAGUAGGAGCAAGUGUUGGUGCUGAUGACCUGCUUUUCAAAUCUGCAGUUCACAGAAGCCACACAAAGUUCUACUACUGUACGGUGGAAAUGACAGGUCCAAUAACUAUGCUCAGAGAAGUGUAGACCUGAAACUGAACCAUCUAUAUUUUAUGCUUUUGAUAGGUUUGUACCCUAGGAAUUUGGUCUAAAAUGGGUCUAUAAUUUUCAUGGUGUUUUUGUUUCUUAGUGAAACUCAAAGGCACUCUCAUUCAGUGUGUGACCUGACAGCCCCUUGGUUAAAGCAUUUUUGAUUUUUGAUUACUCAGUGGCUCAUUGUUUUAUAGCAUAGAUUACUUGGGUGCCGUACGUAGUAUCCUCCAGUCCCCAUCUUUAUUGUUAAAUUGCAUCUGCAGUGGAGGAGAAGGCAAAGGAGACAGAAACCAAGACACUUAAUUUUCCCUCUUGCUCUGCUCCGAAAUGUGACUAGUUGUAGAACAAUGUUGAAACCACAGGCUAGAAUGGAGAUAAGGACCUAUAUCUGAUUCUGAAUUGUUUAUCUUCCUGUCCUAUUACCGCAUUGGUGAGUAAUCAUCAGCUAUAUUUUUUGCCUGUUUUCCUCCGCCUGUAUUAUUAUUUUCAAAAUGUAUUUCUAUUCUGGCGUGUGUUGCAAUGAUGCUAGUUCUGUUGAUAUACAUGUUUUAGUACAAGUCACUAAGACAUACUGCCAUUUGCUUGGAGAGAUUCCUUUCAAAAUGGCAUCCCAGUAUUGGACACUAGUUAAAAUAUUUAUAGGUUAAAAAUGAAUUUUUAAAGUUCAUGAAUAUUUUCCAAAAGUGCAGACUCUAAGAAUGUAUUCUGAUAAAGUAUUGUUUGUAAUUAACACAGGACUCUCUGGAGUGGAAGUCUAAAUCAUAUUAUUAUUUUAUGCCACUUCCACGAUCAUGCUAUUUAUGCUAAUUCUGCUUGGAGUCUUUUUCUUUAUAAGAUGAGCAAAGUGAAAGACACUAGAUUAUUUUACCUAGAUUUCUAAGAAGUGACAUUUCUCUUCUUCAAAGUCAGGUAAAUGUUUGUUUUUUAAUGAAAAGCCAGUGGUGUUAGCAGUUAUAAUUCUGUUUAUAAUUUCCUUUCAGCAUUUACAGUGAAAGGUCAGAGUUUUAAAUUUAUGAAAUCUAUAUACUAGGUAUUUUUUGUCAGAAAAAGAUGUGGAAAAAACUUGUGGUGUUAGUACACCCUCAAUUUAUGUUGAUCCUUAAAUAUGAUUAGGAGAUAUUUUUCUCUGUUUACUAGAUUAAAGUCAAAACUGAUAUAAUCGUGUUUUUCCAAACAACAUUAUUUGUUGGCCUGCAAAGUCGAUCUCAUACAUUUCAUUUAAUGUUACAUCACAUUCAGUUUAAUCUGCUCAAAAUGCAGAUUAAAAGCAACACUUAUGAUGGUCUGUAUCCAUCAGCAGAUUUAAUGCUUUUCAUUAUUUUACUGUAAAGGCAAAGAAUGCAAAAGUUGACUUAAAAUGAAUUGGUAUUGCUCUUUUUAACUUCACUUGAUGUAUUGCUCAUAAUAUCAUUUGCUUGAGAUUCACUGUUGAUGUAUAGGAGAGUAAAUCUAUGUGUGUGUCAUUUAAAAACAAAAACAAAAACACCGCAAACUUCACCAUCCUGCCUCUUUGGUGUGGCCUGUUCUGGACUGACUUUAGUCUGCUCAGAAUACCUAUGGAGGCAGGUCAAACCUGAAGCUGCUGCGGGAUCCCAGGGACGUUAGCUGGGUUAAUUACCACUGCCCCUUUCAAAUCUGUUUUAUGGCAUCCUGCCCAUUAAGAACUCAGAGUCUGAUUCAGAUGAACUUAAUGAAUAUUUACACCUCAAAGUCAUUUCAGCAUAGGGUUCAAUUAAUCGCUCCUCAGGCUUCACAGGUGCCAGUAUGUGCGGGUACCUCACUGCUGGGGUCAUUUAUUCACCAGCCUUCCAGCCUUCAGGAGCAUUUCAAGCUUCUGUGCUGGAAAUAUAACAAAAGGCUGCCUGAAGCCGGAGUUGAGUUUCUGCGGCAGUGCAAAGGUUGAUGGCAGGAACAGCGGGGCACUGCAGCAUAAUUAUUAAUUUGCACAUCUAUUAGGAUCCUUAAAUAUUCAUUACUUAGCAUUAAAUUAGCAUUCUGUGUAGGGUGGAGAGGCUCUUUAAUACAAUUCUUCGGACCUCAGAAAUGGCGGAAGGUCAAAUGCAAUGGUGAUGCUCCAAGUGAAAAACCAGGUUGGGUCCAUUGAGACUUAAAAGUAGGUAGAAUCUCCUUUGCCAGGAAUUAAGUGAUGAUCUUCAAAACAAAAAACACCCACUUUUAAGGUCGAGAAGGGGGGAAGAAAUGAGUAAAGGAGGAACUAUUCCUUUCUAGCAUUUCAACUUAGGUAAUUUAGAUCAACGCUUUAGGAGUUCGACCCUUGCGGGGUCAGGUGUUUAAUUGACACAAUGGCAGACGUCCAAGGAGUUGACCAGUUUGGGAUGAAUUAUUCUGCUCUAAUUGGUCUGGUCUGAUUGCCUUACCAGCCAAAGGAUCAUAUUAACUGUAUAAAUGAAUUCAUGGCUUGAUGGUUACCUGAUCAGUUGUACAGAUCUGAAUUUAAGGACAUUUCCUUUUAACGGGAAUAGAAAUAGUUGAUCCAUUAAAAAGUAUGAAAAGAAAAAAACCUUUCCAGCAUAAAUAAAAGCUGGCAUUUUUGAUCCGAUUUAUAUAUUUGGCAGUUCGAGGAUUUUUAGUUCUCUUCAUUCUGGAUCCGUGUUUAUGAUAUAGUCCUUUCCCUAGUAAAUUCAGUUAGAAGGCCUUCCUUAAUAAUGACUAAGUAUUAUUAUAUCUUACUCAAAAUAUGAUUUUAUUUCAUAUCAAUACAAAUAUAAAACAAGAUUGAGCCUUAAUAACCAUGUAACAAAGUAUUUUGUAGAUCAUGUAUUGAUUUUUUAAAAUUAAAGAUGUAUUUCAAAUUA